AUGAUGGAAAAUGAAAGCAAAAAACAAUAUGACCAUCAAUGCAUAAUUUCAUAUGAGCUAACGCGGUCUUUAGUCUUCCAGAAUGAUUUGGCCAUCCCAAAAAAUUCUCUUCCACAAGCAGAACUAUUUGAUCGAGCGUACUUUUACAGUAUCACAGUCGGAAUAGGAUUGCCCAAAAGAGAUUACAAGCUUUUAUUAGACACUGGGUCUUCAGAUAUUUGGAUAACUAAUGAUACAACAAUUUCAAAUGCGCCUUAUGAUUAUCAUGGAGAUUUAACCAGAAAACUAACUGGUGAAACAGGAUUAUUAAGGUACAUGAUGGGCCUUGUCAAUUUCGCUUAUGCUACCAAUUUUUUUGAAUUUGCAGGAAAGACCCUAAGAGAUGUUCCAUAUGGAAUUGCUUUUAAAACAAAAGAUAUGGCUCCUCUUCAAGGUGACACAAGUGGAUACUUGGGAUUAGGGUAUUCAUCUUCAAAUAGGAAAAACCUUCCCCAGUAUUUAAAAGAUGAAGGAUACAUUAAAAGAAAUUCCUAUUCUAUUUCAUUUGUUUUUUCGAAAGAAACCAAAAGCGAUGGUGGAAUAAUUUUUGGAGGUAUUGAUCAUUCAAAGUACACUGGAGAAUUAUACAAAUUUCCUCGACUCAACAUUGCCACGCUGAAAAAGAAAAAGUCGCUUGCAAUCAAGCUUAGUGAGAUUUAUAUGGAUGGAAAAACUUUCAAAAUUAAUAAACCUGCGGCGUUUGACACAGGAGCAACUAUGUCGUAUUUUCCAAGAAAGGCAUAUUUGGCUGUUUGUGAGUAUUUUGGAGUAGAUUACAAAGAUACUAGAGCAUCAGGCUAUCCUUUAAUAGAUAUUGAAAAGACUGGCGACAAGAUCAUCAAAUUAGAUUUUGCAGGUGCCAUAAUUGCUGUCCAGGGCAAAGAUUUUGCUUUGGAUUACUUUCCUGAGGCCUCUAGUAACUUGAAAGUUUUUGGAAUCGCAAAUUCCGACAAUUCAUUUAAUGUACCAAUCAUUGGUGCUAAUAUUUUGAAGUCAAUGUAUGUUGUUUACGAUUUGGAUGGUGAAGAAAUAGCAAUUGCACAGGCCAAUGUUUUGCCAGGACCAUCAAAAAUCGAGCCCAUCGUUGAUUCUAUUCCACAAGCAAAGUAUGCACCACAUAUUUAUAAAUAG